GGAUCUUAAAUUCAAUGCAUUUACACUUUGUACAUCCCUAAACACAUCUUGAUUAUUCCAAGCAUCAUGACAGACUCACAUAAGCGUAUCGGGCUGAUUGGUCUUUCAGCGAAAGGCUCUUGGGCAUCUCAAUCACACCUUCCUUACUUCCAAAAGACCUCCAAAUACAAGAUCACGGCCCUUCAAAACAGUUCGCAAUCCUCUGCUGAAGCAGCAGCCAAGAAGUACUCUCUGAACGGCGUCUCGACACAUGAAAGUCCGGCUUCGAUUGCUCAAGAUCCAAAUGUCGAUAUCAUAGCUGUCAGCGUCAAUGUACCUCAGCACUACAAUCUCAUCCGGCCAGCACUUGAAGCAGGCAAAGAUGUAUUUUCCGAAUGGCCACUCGCUCGGAACGCUGCGGAAGCUGAAGAGCUAGUGCAUUUAGCAAAUGAGAAGGGAGUAAAGACCUUGGUCGGACUACAAGCGCGUCAAAACCCGUCCAUCAUCAAGGCAAAGGAAAUCGUUGGCUCGGGAAUAUUGGGAAAAAUUCUCGGAACGACAAUGUUCGGCUAUGCUAUGAUAUUUGGAGGCGUAAUCCCAGAAGAGUUUCUGUAUGGGUUACCCAUUGAAGCGGGAGCUAACAUGUUGACUAUACCUUUUGGUCAUGCUGUUGACGCACUGUGCUAUGUUUUGGGCAGUGAGCUGCAGGGCAUUCUCGCUACCCUGUCCAACAACUACCCCGAGAUCGAUCUUGUUGAUAGUAAUGGCAAGCCGAUCGAAAAGCGCAAAAAGACAGCGCAUGACUUUGUCAGCAUAACGGCGUCGCUCAUCAAUGGCGGUGGCAAUGUCGCCGUGACAUAUGCCCCAGGCGUACCCCGCUCUGGACAUGGCUUCUACUGGGAAAUCAUCGGUUCGAAGGGUACUCUGAUUCUCGAAGGAGACACCGGCGGUCAUGUUCAAAUGUUCCAACCAACUAUCAAACUCGCAGUUGGCGAUGGGGGGGUUAAGGAAGUCGAAGUCGAAAAGGCAGGUGACUUUUCCUUCAAUGUGGGGAAAGCCUGGGACGCGUGGGCCGGCAUUGGGACGGAGAACGGAUACAGCGCCACAACCUGGGAGGAAGCGCUUGUGAGGCAUAAGAUGAUUGAAGCCAUCUAUCGCAGCGCGGAUAAGGGCACGCGUGAGAACUAUGUUUAAGCUUCACUGAUAUCUCUGGUCAGCGCUAGCGCAGGAAGCAAUGCACCUCGGUUGUGGCGCACAGCGAACGCCCCUUCAACUUAGUCGGACUUCCCAUCAAUACAAAAUCAUCGUGGAAUAGUUCUAACAGACCCCUAGCUGCGAACCUUUACUCUCCACAGUAUAACAUACCAAAGUUACAUCAGAUCCACAAUUAUUCUAGCCAAUCCAGUAAUCAUUGUUGUUCACA